AGCACGAGAACAAAAGAAAGUACAGCCACAAGCCCCCUUGCCUCUGUAGAAGACGCCGCACUGGAUUCCCUCGCAGACGCCACAGACAUCAAACAGACUGUGCAAACCAUAAUGGCCGAGCCAAUGGCUGAAUUGAAACAGGAGGAGCAGCAUGAACAGAAGCAACAGCAGGAGUUCGAGUUGGAGGUGGAGCAGCAGCAGCUGGCCGAAGCUCAAGAUGGCGACACAAUGGCGCAUAAUGAGGAAACGGAAAUGCCGCUGCCAGACAGCGACAGUCAUAAUGCGUCGCAGCCCGAGUCCUUGGAAGCCAUUGAAAACUUCGGCGACGCAUUGGAUGAUGAGUUGGCCGCGCCACAAUCAGAGCAGCUGUACAGGGAACGCGAGGAGCUGGAGUCCUCAGACGAUGAAGAUGAGCGUGCAACGCCCGUCGAGAUGAGCGAGACCUUUAACGAUGAAUGGGCGACAUUGGACGAAGAUGCGGCAGCCGUUGCAGCUGCAGAUCCCGACAACGAUUUGAAUAAUGACAUUGACACCUACGAGAACUUUGCCCCCGUGGAUCUCUCCAAUGAUAUUGCCGUCAACGAUCUGGCCGCCGCCAAUCCCAACCAUCCAUAUAAUCCAGACGCCGAGCUGAUUGAGCUGCCCGCCGCUAGCCAAACGAUGGCCAAAUUUGAGAAAUUAUCUCUGUUGCCGCCAACACCGACGACGACGCUGAUGAAGUGAAGGCCCCAGCUCAAUUAGCCUAGUUAUCUAAUCUUAAGUGUCUUAGCCUUGUAAGUCAUCAUUUUCAUUGCUCUCGAAUUUAAUUCUAAGCAUGCCCUAAGAGCAGCGCAAUACCUUAGGCGAGAUGAAAGAGUGCCCAUUAAAUUAUUAUCAAUAUUUGCAGUAAGUACGAGUUAUAAUGCAUCCACCACAAGUAUGCUAAUAUGUUUAUUGAUCGAAAAAAUA